ACCGUGCAGGUAGCCCGGGCUCCCCAGCCAGCCUGGACGCAGACGCACCGGCACCUCACCUCGCCGAGCGCCGCGCCGCACGGUUCUGCGCGGGCGGAGCGGAGCCGCAGCCCCACACGGCGCCCAGGACCCACUUGCCACCACUGCCUCCGCAGCACCCAUGGGGACCAGCGGACUUUAAAGGAGUUUGGGGUUUCGGGAGCAGGGAAAUCACUGGUACGGAAAGGCGGCUUUCUUUGCCUUGGAGACGUUUUUUUCUUCGACUGUUUGGACCUUGUGCCUGAUCCCCGCUCCUGGCCCUUGCCUCGCCGCGUCAUUGAUGGGCAACCAACUGGACCGCAUCACCCACCUCAACUACAGCGAGCUGCCCACCGGGGACCCGUCUGGGAUCGAGAAGGACGAGCUGCGGGUCGGGGUCGCCUACUUCUUCUCGGAUGAGGAGGAGGACCUGGACGAACGCGGCCAGCCCGACAAGUUUGGUGUGAAGGCCUCCCCGGGCUGCACGCCCUGCCCAGAGAGCCCCGGCCGCCACCAUCACCACCACCACCACCUGCUGCACCAGCUGGUCCUUAACGAAAUCCAGUUCUCCGCCUUUCGGGGCCAGGAAUGCAUCUUUUCCAAAGUGAGCGGUGGCCCUCAGGGCGCCGACCUGAGCGUCUGCGCGGUCACCUCCCUGCCCGCACUGUGCGAGCCGGGCGACCUGCUGGAGCUGCUGUGGCUGCAGCCGGAGGAGCCCGAGCCGCCGGCGCCCGCCCCGCACUGGGCCGUCUACGUGGGCGGCGGGCAGAUCAUCCACCUGCACCAAGGCGAGAUCCGUCAGGACAGCCUGUACGAGGCGGGCGCGGCCAACGUGGGCCGCGUGGUGAAUAGCUGGUACCGCUACCGCCCGCUGGUGGCCGAGCUGGUGGUGCAGAACGCCUGCGGCCACCUGGGCCUCAAGAGCGAGGAGAUCUGCUGGACGAACUCGGAGAGCUUCGCCGCCUGGUGCCGCUUUGGCAAGCGGGAGUUCAAGGCGGGAGGGGAGGUGCCGGCUGGGACGCAGCCUCCGCAGCAGCAGUACUAUCUCAAGGUGCACCUGGGAGACAACAAGGUGCACACGGCCAGGUUUCACAGCCUGGAAGACCUCAUCCGCGAGAAGCGCCGCAUUGACGCCAGCGGCCGCCUGAGAGUGCUCCAGGAGCUCGCUGACCUAGUGGAAGACAAGGAGUAGCGUGGGGGCGCCACCCGCCCCUCCUGUCUCCCCGAGUGCCCCACUCCCUUCCCAGCACCGGGGUCCCCCGCUGACAAUUCACUCCCCUAGUCCCCUCGCCAGCGGCCGCCGCAGCGGGGGGCCAGUGCCCAGCUGCACCCCAGCACCCCUUCAGCAAGUGGCAGGAAGUCUCAGGAACUGGCCUCGGGGCUGGGGCUGAAAGGGCAGCUGUUUGCGCCGGGCUGCGACCCCCAGGGGGCGGUAAUCCUGUGGGGAAAACCCAGCGAGUUAUUGGAGGGAAAGGAGGAUGGGCUGAAGGGAGCAGGGGCUCGGCUCUCCCCGCGAGUCGCGAGUCGAUGCCCCGAGACUCCCGCCCCGCACGAGAAAGUCACCUUCACCAACCCCCGGCGCGCACACAAAGGCGGGUCUGAGGUGAGAAUGGGUAUCUUCAGGGCACAGCUCAGCCCCUGUGUGGAUCUGUCCCCAGACUGCAGGAUUUCCAAGAAAUCGAGCCUGUCCCUUAGGCACUUGUGACUCAUCCCACAAGCGAGCACCUUGGCCCUCCCGGUGAUCCCAAGGCUGCCCACGACUGCUCCAGCUCUCCAGCCCCGGGUCUCCCGACGCUGUAUCCCAGGCUCCAGGCUAAGCUAGAUAGUGUCUGCUUCCCCUUCUUUCCAGCCAGGGGAGAACGCCACCCUCUACCUCCCCGGCACAAGGGAAUCCUCCCCCUCCGGGAGGAAAAUGGCACAGCUAAUUGGGUGAGGAGCUGGGGCCCUGCCCCCGCCUUGGAGAGGGUUGCCCUGGUCUCUGGAAACUUGAAUUUGUGGAGAAGGGCACUUGUUGUUCUUAACCCUAAUUGCUCCCUCCUUGGGCUGCAUUUCAAAAAAUAAUCACAUUUCUAACGGGGUCGGAGGAGAGGGAGGGGGAAGCUAUGGCAACAUUCCAGAAACCAGCACUAGUAUAGAACCAUAGCCAGUAUAUUUAGUUUGGCUUUUCCUAACAUAGAAAUCUUUGAAGGUGGGGAAGUGGAAAUAAAGUUUUAAAAACGGGGGGUGGGGGCAGUUCCCCAACUAUGUCAACAAGGCCUAUCAUGUUGAUGUUUUUAUUGACCAGUUUAGCAACAUGCUAAUAAAAUUUCAAAUUGAAAUUUUUA